CUUUAUCAGAAAUUAGCAUUCGAGCUAGCUGCAACCACUGUCUGCCUACCUUUUCUGGAGAUAUUCGUCUGCUCAGAUACCACCAUGUCUUCAAGUACUCUGCCUCUGCUGUUCAUCAACCUCGGCGGAGAAAUGCUAUACAUCCUGGACCAGCGGCUUCGGGCGCAGAAUAUCCCUGCUGACAAGGCUAAGAAAGUUAUGAAUGACAUCAUCACCACCAUGUUCAACAAAAAGUUCCUUGAAGAGCUUUUCAAGCCACAGGAGCUGUACUCCAAAAAGGCCCUGAGGACUGUGUUCGACAGGCUGGCCCACGCCUCCAUAAUGAGACUCAAUCAAGCUAGCAUGGACAAGCUUUAUGACUUGAUGACCAUGGCUUUCAAGUACCAAGUGCUUCUCUGUCCCCGGCCAAAGGACAUCCUCCUCGUCUCCUUUAACCACAUGGACGCGAUCAAAGACUUUGUGAAAGAUACUCCCAGCAUCCUCAGCCAGGUUGAUGAAACAUACCAACAGCUCAUAGAGAUGUAUACACCCUUGUCUAGUGGGGAAUUCCAGCUGAUCAGACAAACUCUCCUCAUCUUCUUUCAAGAUAUGCACAUAAGAGUGUCUAUUUUCCUCAAGGACAAAGUGCAGAACUCUAACGGUCGCUUUGUGCUCCCCACCAGUGGUCCUGUGCCGUAUGGAACACAGGUCCCUGGUUUGAUCAGGGUGUUUAGCUGUGCUGGUGAAGAGGUGAGCAGGCUGCAGUUCACAAACGGAGGGAACUAUACGGCUGCUCUUCGGGAGGGAUCUUUUGAGAUCUUUGGAGACAGGGUCACCAAACUAGGCACUAACAUGUACAGUGUCAGCCGGCCCGUGGAAACCCACAUGUCAGGAACUUCUAAAAAUUCUGCUCAGCACACUAAGGUCAACACUGCUCCCAACCCUCUGGCCAAAGAGGAGCUGAAUCUGUUGGCAAAGUUAAUGGGAGGGUUAGAAGUUCAGAAAACGGGGAAUGCAGACAGCGGCUUCAGAGUCAACCUCUUUGCCACAGAUGAGGAAGAACAAGAGGCAUUAAUAUCAAGACCAGACGAGCUUUCAUAUGGAGUCAUAAAUAUCCAAGCCACAAAGGACCAACAGGCCAAUGCAGAACUUGCCAAGAUCAUGGGAGAGUUCACCGAGUCCGGAGAUCAAUCACCCUGUUCAAGCAGCAAAGGAGACGACCUCCUCGCCAUGAUGGACGGCCUGUGACCGUGUCACCACGACAGAAAUUCCUCGAGGGGGGGAAAAUGAGCACACUGCAUCGUCUGUUCUACUGUAGACGAGUCUGCUUUCUGUACCUGCAAAUACACUGCAGCAACCUCACAUACAGAAAACUCUUCUUUUGGGUGCUUUCAAAUGCAUCUGUGAGGAGGUGUUUUAUUUGGUUGUCAAACAACCAACUACAUACUGCAAAUGAUAAUAGAUAACUACAAAGAAAGUUGUUGUUAAGCUGCAGUAUAGUGUAGUAGAAUGUAGACUGUAAGCUGACUGUCAGUGCAUCGGAACAUACUAUAGGCCUUCAUCAGUGUGUUGAACAUGUGUGUACAGUUAUUGUAAAAACAUGAGUUUGGAUUCAAGGUGUUCUGUAUUUAAAAUCAGAAUCAAACUGCACUGCUUUAAACAAAAUACACACUGAUUUAAUUUCAAACCUCAACACGUCUUACAGUUUUAGGUUGAUUUUCUGUCUUUAUUGAACAGUAUGAAACGGCCUGUAGGUCUGAUAAUGGACUGACAGUCAAAUUAUUGUUGUGGAAUUUAGAGGAAAACCAAGUGCUCUUUCUAAUGUGACUCAAAUUCUCACAAAUCUUUAUUUUGGCAAGGAAAGUGUUUAUCUUAAUAUCUUGCAUUGCGCUGCACUACCUUGAAACAGAACGGGGAGAAGGAUGUUGGACAUUUUUACUACCCUGUGAUGUCUCUGAAUGUUGAGUGAUGGCCCCCGAAAUGUGCUCAUUGAGAAGAUUUUUAUUAUAAUAUCAAGUACUUUAGCAAUAUGAAAGAUGUCUAACGUGAAUAUGUUUAAUGCACACUUUAUUUAAAUGCAUCUGUUUACCUCUUCUAUCUAUUUUAUGUAUAGAUAAGUAUUUUGCUUCAGUUGUUACAUCGUCCAAUGUGCAAUAUAGGAUUUUUUUUAAAUAAAUAGCCGCAGGAAAGAU